AUGACCCGUGAAGGAAUUCUGCCACCUGCGGAGUCUGGAGCCUAUAUAAGUGAUAACGCCAAACAUGUUAAAAUCCAUUAUGAUGGAAUUGAUAAACUUUGUGAGGAGAUCUUGCUGUCAUUAAAAGAUAAUAAACUUCAAAUACCAGAUACUGGUUCUGAUUCCAUUCAUCCUAACAAGAACCAUGGAAGAGCAAUUGAUUGGGUUUUUGUAACAGAUGCAUUAAACUUUUGUUUCUGGUCAUUAGAUAAGGAGCACCAAUGGACAGUUAAUGGUUACACAGGAUAUUUGGCUUUAGAAGCAGCAUUACAUAGAGCCAUAAAUGAAGGGUAUGAUAUCACAAACCCUGAAUAUUAUUCAAAAAUAACAGAUGAAGAAGUGAGCCACAUUUUCAGAGGAGAUACUGAAGCAAAAAUACCUUUGCUUGACCAAAGAACUUCGGUAUUACAUGAGGUUGGAGAGAUACUAAUAGAGAAAUUUGAAAACACAUUUGAAACAUGUGUAAAAAAUGCCAACAAAUCUGCUGUCAAGUUAUUAGAAAUUGUUGUAAACAAUUUUCCCUGUUUUCAAGAUGAAGCCCAUUAUAAGGGUAAAAGAGUAUCUCUAUAUAAAAGAGCUCAAAUAUUAGUAUCAGAUUUGUGGAACACCUUUGAUGGUUCAGGGCCGGGAGAGUUUUACGAUAUUGACAAGAUGACAAUGUUUGCUGAUUAUAGAGUGCCACAAGUUUUAGUUUAUUUUGGUGCUCUGAGCUAUAGUGAAGAAUUAAAGGAGAAAUUACAGAAAGAUAUUAUGUUGUCCGCUGCUUCAUCAGAGGAGGUGGAAAUUCGCGGAUGCUCAAUACAUGCUGUGGAACUUAUAAAGAAGAGUUUGCAGGAAAAGAUUAAUUCUUCUGGGAUGAAUGUAGAAGUUCCUAACGCAAGCCUCAUUGAUUAUUAUCUAUGGUGCUACAGAAGAAAAUAUGCUCAGGAAAUGGAGAAAAUACCAUACCACAAGACUUUGGGGAUUUUUUAU